AUGAUUUCCCGUUUGCGCGAGUCCCUGGCUGGUCCAGGGUACGUGAUUCUCAACGUCAUCCGCGUUCUCAACAUUGUGGCCUUUCUCGAUCUUAUUGCAGCGUGCGUCGUCAUGCUGGUCAAGAUCAAUAUGCUGAACAGUUUCUUCUUCUUUGAAGCUGUGACUCAUGCCGUGGUAGCGCUCAUCAGUAUCUUUCUGAUCGUCUCCGAACUUCCAAUUCUGCAAAGCUACUUUGACGGCCACUGGCCCAUGUUCGGCCAAAAAUCAGGCUUCUACACCCUCUCCGCGAUCAUGUCCAUCCUGGGUAUUUCCACGCUCGCCAAUCUGAACAACCCCGCCAUGACCCAAGAGAAGAUCGGAAUGGUCUUCUGGCGAAUCAUCGCCUCAGCCGGUUAUCUCGCAAUGGUCCUCAGCAAUCUCAACGCGGUAGCUAGCUUCAUCUUCACCAACCCUGCAUCCGGUGUAAGUGCCCGCCAAGUUCGCAUCGAUGGCGCUGUUGCUCCUCAAAAGGCAAUGAGUCGCACGAGCAGUCACCGCACUCUGCACCUCAGCGUCAAGCGCGAGGAAACUCUCCCUAUGUACGAGCGCCCCAACCCGGUCAAGCGGGCUACCAGACGUCUCACGGGCCGGUUCCCGUUGAAGAUCUCUAGACCCAUGGACCCGACUCUCAUUGCGGAGAAUGAUGCGGCUUCUUCGAAGUAUUCUCGUGACUCGUGUGAUGUGCGUCCUCCUGACCUGGCGCAUCACCCUGUGUACGCUGGCCAGUAUGUUUGA